AUGAAGGCACUCAUUCUUGUCGGAGGGUUCGGGACCCGACUGCGUCCUUUGACUCUCACCCUCCCUAAGCCCCUCGUCGAGUUCGGCAACCGGCCUAUGAUCCUGCACCAAGUUGAGAGCUUGGCUGCAGCAGGUGUCACUGAUAUCGUCUUGGCUGUCAACUACCGUCCCGAUGUGAUGGUCGCGGCGCUCAAGAAGUACGAGGAACAGUAUGGCGUCAACAUCGAGUUUUCAGUGGAAACUGAACCCCUCGGCACCGCUGGUCCCUUGAAGCUGGCGGAGAAGAUUCUGGGCAAGGAUGACACUCCCUUCUUCGUCCUUAACUCAGAUGUUAUCUGUGAUUACCCCUUCGAGCAACUCGCACAGUUCCACAAGAGCCACGGUGAUGAGGGUACCAUUGUCGUCACCAAGGUUGACGAGCCCUCCAAGUACGGUGUCGUGGUUCACAAGCCCAACCACCCCUCUCGUAUCGAUCGCUUCGUUGAGAAGCCCGUCGAGUUCGUCGGCAACCGUAUCAAUGCCGGUAUCUACAUCCUGAACCCCAGUGUUCUCAAGCGUAUUGAGCUUCGCCCGACCUCCAUCGAGCAGGAGACCUUCCCCGCUAUUGUGAAGGAUGGCAAGCUGCACUCAUUUGAUCUUGAGAGCUUCUGGAUGGAUGUCGGUCAACCCAAGGAUUUCCUCACUGGUACCUGCCUGUACCUCAGCUCGCUGGCCAAGCGCGACCCCAAGAAGCUGGUCUCCAACUCUGAGCCUUACGUCUAUGGCGGUAACGUCAUGGUUGACCCCUCAGCUAAGAUUGGAAAUAACUGCCGCAUUGGACCCAACGUGGUCAUUGGACCUAAUGUGGUCAUCGGUGACGGUGUUCGUCUCCAGCGCUGCGUGGUGAUGGAGAACUGCAAGGUCAAGGACCACGCUUGGAUCAAGUCCACCAUCGUUGGCUGGAACAGCUCCGUUGGUCGCUGGGCUCGUCUCGAGAACGUUACAGUUCUCGGUGACGACGUUAGCAUUGCCGAUGAGGUUUACGUUAACGGUGGUUCCAUCCUGCCUCACAAGAGCAUCAAGCAGAACAUUGAUGUUCCUGCCAUUAUCAUGUAA